AUGUCUAUCCCAAAGGUGAAAUGCCCUAAGACGGUGGCAGAGUAUAGGCCCAUUGCUCUAUGUAAUGUCUUCUACAAGAUCAUUUCUAAGCUUCUGACCAAACGCCUACAACCUAUUCUACCAACAAUCAUCUCUGAGAACCAAACGGCGUUUGUACCAGGAAGAGCAAUCUCGGAGAACAUUCUAAUCACCCAUGAAACGCUCCAUUAUCUAAAAGGCUCAAAAGCGACAAAGUUUUGCUCUAUGGCGGUGAAAACAGAUAUGAGCAAGGCCUAUGAUAGACUGGAAUGGAAUUUCAUAGCUACGGUCUUAGAGAGGAUGGGUUUUCACGCAAAAUGGAUUAACUGGAUCUUCCGGUGUAUUUCUACAGUGUCCUACUCAUUCCUAAUAAACGGAUCAGCACAAGGUAGUGUCAUACCUCAGCGUGGAAUCAGGCAGGGAGAUCCGUUGUCGCCGUUCAUCUUCAUCAUUUGUGGCGAAGUCCUCACGGGCCUCUGCAACAAUGCUCAAGUUAGUGGACUCCUACCUGGGAUUAAAGUUGCAAAAGACAGUCCACGUAUAAACCACUUACUGUUCGCGGACGAUACGAUGUUCUUUUGCCAAACGAAACAUCAAUGCUGUGAUACACUCGUCUCUAUCCUACAGCAGUAUGAGACAGCUUCAGGGCAACAAAUCAACAAACAGAAAUCAUCCAUCUCGUUCUCAGCUAAGACUCCCCAAGAUAUUAAAAGCAGAGUGAAGCAAACGCUUGGCAUAGAACAGGAAGGAGGCCAGGGAAAAUACUUGGGCCUACCUGAAAGUUUUGGACGGAAGAAGAAGGACCUCUUCUCCGUGAUUGUAGACCGCAUUCGCCAAAGGGCAGUCCAUUAUGCUUCCAGACAACUCUCAACGGCAUGCAAACUGACCCUUAUCAAAAGUGUUCUGGCUGCUAUACCAACCUACUCUAUGUCAACUUUCAAGCUACCGGUGAGCCUCUGCAAGAGAAUUCAAUCCGCCAUUACUCGCUUCUGGUGGGACUCAACGCCGGAAGUACAGAAAAUGAGCUGGGUCUCCUGGCAAAAGAUGACAAAACCCAAAACCUCAGGAGGAUUGGGUUUUCGCAAUAUCCAGAGCUUCAAUGAUGCGUUGCUAGCUAAGCUUAGCUGGAGAAUCCUGUCAAAACCAAAUUGCCUCUUAGCCCGAGUCUUACAAGGGAAAUACUGUAAAGACCAAAGCUUUCUAAGUGUUCUUACCUCCACUUUAUCUUCGCAUGGCUGGAGAGGAAUCCUCAUCGGCAGGGACCUCUUAGUGGAACAGCUUGGAAAAGCUAUUGGUAACGGACAAGACACAUCAGUUUGGCAUGAUUCUUGGUUAUCCCACACAACACCGCUUCGACCCUUCGGACCGCCAAACCUACACGACAAAGAUGCAACAGUAGCUUCCCUAAUCAAUGGAACAGCUUGGAAUAAAGAGAAGAUUGAAGAAAUCCUUCCACAAUAUGUACCAGAGAUUAUGAGUAUCCGACCUAGUCAAAACGGAGCCCCUGACCGCUAUGUAUGGAUCCCCUCAAAAUCUGGUGACUAUACAGUCAAAACCGGGUACCGUAUUGCCAGAUCACUGAGAGACCAACCUGAAGACAACCACCAAACUACAGUUAACUGGAAUGCAGAUAUCUGGCUCGGCCACUUCUCUCUAAAGAUCAAGCUUUUUCUUUGGAAAAUUCUUCAGAAAGCCUUACCUACUGGUGAGAAUCUCCUGAACAGAGGCCUCUUCGAUAAUGUUUGUUGCGUUCACUGUGGAGAACUCGAAUCAGACGAACAUCUCCUCUUUCGCUGUGAAUUUGCUCGGAAAGUGUGGGCUCUAGCUCCUUUCUCGACUACGGUGGAUCUUACAUCGAUGAGUUUCGAAACCUCAGUCAACAUCUUGAAACGCCUAACCUGCUUACCCCCAACGGGAAUCAGCUCCGGACCCCUUUUCCUGUGGAUCUGCUGGAUGAUUUGGUCGGCUAGAAACCACCGAAUCUUCGAGAACUGA